CUCGACAAAAACGAUAGUUAAAACAUGUUUACGUCUGCAGUACAUAAAAUAUUUGUUGGAUAUGUACUUACGUUUUACACACUUCGUGCAGCAGCUAGUGUUGUUCACGAAGAAAUUCUCAACCAUGUUCUGUCUGAACUGUCCGGACUAAAAGUCAAGGUCUAUGAGUGUGAUGAGAAGUUGGCUGAAAUGGAUCACAGAGUUCCCUCUCAUGACGACAAGCUAAGAACGGAGUUCUAUGACAGGAGGUUUGCUAAAAUGGAGGACAGACUUCUCGCUGCUGAACAUAACCUAAAAUCUGCUGAAAAGUUCUAUAAGAAAAAGAUAGCACAAAUGGAGAAUAAACUUCUUGUGACUGAAAACAAGCUAAAAGCGUUUGAACAGCUGUACGAAAGCUUAGAGGAAAUGGACAAUAGACUUAUGGCUUAUGGAAACAACCUGAAAACUAGAAAACAUUUCAACGACGAGGGAGCUGGAACAGAAAGCAAAGGUGCUGAAGAAGAACUUAAAACGCUUUCAAAGCCUGGCAAUAACAGUGAAGAUACAACAGCAGAAGAAGUUACAACUCAUUCCACUAAAGAUCUCGCGGAACCAAAAAGUAGAGGAAGUGGGCUAUUGCCUCAGACUCAUCUUACGAAACGGCUUCUUGGUCCAGCAAUUAGUCACCGUGUGGCGUUUUCAGCCUAUCUUUCUCCAUCUGUACAAGCUAUUUCCGAACUCGGCAGAGAACACACUAUCCCAUUUGACAAAGUUCUGCUGAAUGAAGGUCAAGCAUUUGAUACCGUGCUACAUGCCUUCAUAUGUCCAGUCAACGGGAUAUACAUGUUCCAGUCAGCACUAAUGAGUGAUCAAAAUCAGUUAAUUCAGACUGAACUAGUCAAGGAUGGAACACCUCUUGUAAGAAUGUAUGCAGCUGGAUCGGACGGAAGUCGGGGAUAUGAUCAGGGCUUCAAUUCAGCAAAUAUAAAGUGCAAUAAUGGCGAGCGAGUUUGGGUCAGAAUCCACGCACAUUUUGGUACUUCCGUGUUCGCCUGGCAAUAUUCUUCAUUUUCUGGUCACAUUCUCUGGGAAAUAUGAAAACAUAAUCGAUUAUGAAAAGA